GAGCAGUCAGACAGACUGUUGUAGUCUGUUCUGCACGUUCACAUUGUUCUUUUAAUCAUGGCUGAUCUCCUGCUGCUAGUCGUUCUCAUGUAUUCCUUUCAUGAAAUUAAAGCACAAGCCAGUCUUCCACCUAUACUGAGCGUGAGUCCACCUGCGAUCACAGAGACGGACUCAGUCACACUGAGCUGUCAGACUCCAUCAUCUGUUUCUGUGUCUCAGUGUGAUUUCUACACUGCAAGCCAAAAACUGUCCAAAGGUUCCUCCUGUGUGCAGACACUGACAGCGACUGAGCUGCUGAAGAUUGCACAUAAGAGUUUACCUGCUGCGGUUGAAGUGAGAUGUUCUUACACUGUACAAAUUGAUACUUUUAAACUGCCAUCUCCUUACAGUGAGCCAUCCACCAUCACCAUAAACAAUCUCCGUCCACCUAAACUGACAGUAAACCCACAGAAGAUCACAGAGACAGACUCAGUCACAGUGAACUGUCAGACUCCAUCAUCUGUUCCUGUGUCUCAGUGCUAUUUCAUCAUUGCAGGGAAUGAAAUUGCCAGAACAGCUCCUUGUCUGCAGACUCUGACAGGGUCUGAAUUUCUGUCAUGGACACGUCAGAGUUCACCUGUAACAGUUGAAAUGACCUGUUAUUACCUUAAUAUACAGAAAUCUCCAGUGAGUAAUAUGUCACCAAUCACAAUACAAACCCCUCGACCUGAACUGACAGUGAACCCACAGAAUAUCACAGAAACAGACUCAGUCACAGUGAAAUGUCAGACUCCAUCAUCUGUUUCUGUGACUCAGUGUUUUUUGCACUUUAUGAAUGGAAGAAAAUCUACAUCCAUCUCCUGUCAGCAGACACUUACAGCAACUGAGCUGCUCUCUUUGGCACAGCAGAGUUCACCUGCUGAGGUGGAUGUGACAUGUUUUUACAGCUCAGAGCAUAAAGGAGGACAAUACCAGUCUCCUCACAGUAACAGAUAUUCCAUCAGCAUACAAAAUCCUCGGCCUGAACUGACAGUGAAUCCACAGAUGAUCACAGAGACAGACUCAGUCACAGUGAACUGUCAGACUCCAUCAUCUGUUCCUGUGUCUCAGUGUUAUUUCAUCAUUUCAGGACAUAAACCUGAUAAAGCAGCUCCUUGUCUGCAGACUCUGACAGGGUCUGAAUUUCUGUCAUGGACACGUCAAAGUUCACCUCUUACAGCUGAAGUGACCUGUUAUUACUUUUAUAUACAGAAAUCUCCAGUGAGCAACAUGUCACCCAUCAACAUACAACCCCCUCGGCCUGAACUGACAGUGAAUCCAAUGAUGAUCACAGAAACAGACUCAGUCACAGUGAACUGUCAGACUCCAUCAUCUGUUUCUGUGUCUCAGUGUUUUUUGCACUUUAUGAAAGGAAGAAAAUCUACGUCCAUCUCCUGUCAGCAGACACUGACAGGAACUGAGCUGCUCUCUAUGGCAGAGCAGAGUUUACCUGUUGAGGUCAAAGUGACAUGUUUUUACACAUUAGAACAUAAAGGAGGACCACAUAAGUCUCUGCAUAGUAACACGUCCUCCAUCAGCAUACAAACUCCUCGACCUGAACUGACAAUGAAUCUAAUGAUGAUCACAGAAACAGACUCAGUCACAGUGAAAUGUCAGACUCCAUCAUCUGUUUCUGUGACUCAGUGUUUUUUGUACUUUAUGAGAAGAAGAAAAUCUACGUCCAUCUCCUGUCAGCAGACACUUACAGCAACUGAGCUCCUCUCUAUGGCACAGCAGAGUUCACCUGCUGAGGUGGUAGUGACAUGUUUUUACAUGUCACAGCAUAAAGGGGGACAAUACCAGUCUCCUCACAGUAACAUAUCCUUCAUUAACAUACAAAAGAUAUUCGUUUCAGUGGGGACGACUUCUUCUGUGACCACACCAAGGACAUCUUCAGACAUUUCAGUAGACCCAAUUUCUACAAAGCUCAGCACUACAGGGACGACUUCUUCUCUGACCACACCAAGGACAUCUUCAGUACCUUCUGCACAUAAACUUCUACCUGUAGUUGCAACUGGUUUUGGUGUAAUUGUGGGCAUCAUCUCACUGGGAAUGGCUCUUGUCUGUGUGAAAAGAAGAAAUGAUAAUUUUUCAAGCACAAAAAAAACUGGCCGAGAAGGAUGGAUGUCUCCAAAUGAUACUGAAGCCUUCAAUAUGACCAGUUUGGUCCCUGGUGAUGACCCACCUAAAGGGUCUAAUCAACUCAAAAGACAAGAGUCUCAAACUGAGGAUUCUUCCUUAUACCACUUGUACUCCAGCAUCCCUGAGGAGCCAGCUAAAACACCUACAGUGAAAACCGACCUGGCAUACAGCACUCUACAGGCACGCUGAAACACAUUAAAAAUAAUUAACUGGCAGAAAACAGAAGAUAAGACUAAAUGGCCAUUACACACUCAAGCCAUAUCGAUAAGACAGGAAAAUAUUUUUCUUUCUUUCUUUCUUUCUUUCUUUCUUUCUUUCUUUCUUUCUUUCUUUCUUUCUUUCUUUCU